UAUUCUCGUACGAAUCAUUUUUCAAGGUUAUAACCGGGAUGGCGUCGGCGAUUGUGAGAUCCGGCAUCCGCUCCGCCCUACGCGGUGGUGUAUCUCCCAGAACCCAGGGUUUCAAGCGUAGCUUCGCUUCCUCUGCCCAUCUUGACGAGGCCGCCGAAGCUUCAAAGUGGGAGAAAAUUACUUAUGCAGGAAUAGUUGCAUGUAGUAUACUUGCAGUUGUUACUGAUCUCUCAAAGGGUCACCCACACCACUAUGAACCUCCUGCAUAUUCAUACAUGCACAUUCGCAACAAGGAGUUUCCAUGGGGUCCAGAUGGCCUUUUUGAGGCGAAGCACCAUUGAUUGUUGCCCCCAUCAUUCUGAAGACAAAGAAUAAUUUGUUUGGAAAUUGCUUUCAAGAUUUCGUUGAAUCUCGUGCAGUAUUUGCAGCUCAAGUUUUUGUUUUCCUGGUUUUUAGGUCACUU